CUGCAGCUCCACACUUUUCGGGAAGCUGCAUCCACAAGCAUGCGCACCAUCACGGAUUGCUACCUUUAAGGCCCGUACGUCCGAAGCACGCCAGUUGAAGAUAUGCAGUACAGGAACCUUAUGUAUUUUGUACCCCUGGAACAGAUGUACCUGGGAGCGAAUGUGGAUAUGAGCCUCUCCAGUCCCAGUCUAAAGGUGUCUCAGGAGCAGGUUCGUUUCUUUAAGCUCCGCUGCCUCGUAUGUCUGAUUGAGGAAGUGGGACAAGUCAUGCAGCGGAUGCCCUUCAAGAGUCCUGUACUUGUACACAUGAAUAUCCUAACCCCAAAGAAAGUCCAUGAAGGAAAGAAUGCGUCCAUCAUUCCCCUGGCAGCGUCAUUUCCUCGGCUCCUUCAAAAGAUUGGCGCGCAGUCUCUGGACAACGAAUGGCUUCACCUAUUUGUGCCUGCGGUUCUGUGCCUACCACAUUCAAGUGCGGCGGCGGAAAGGAUCUUAUCUGCUGCGAACAACAUGAAAACGAAGCAAAGAAACUGGCUCGCAACAAGCACCGUCAGCGGCCUUUUGUACACGAAGCAGAUGUUGGGCAGUUCAAGCUGCUUUGAUUUCCCGAUUGAAAAGAAGUUGCUUGAAAUUGCGACGGACUGGCGACAGAGGUCCGAGAGCAACGGUGAUGACGACGACUGA